AUGACUUGCUACCGGGGCUUCCUGCUGGGCAGCUGUCGUCGCGUGGCGGGCGGCCGGGCGGCUCUGCGGCGGUCGUGCGCGGGAGGUGGCCCGGGCGGUGCAAGGGCCCGGCUGGGCGGGGACGGUGGCCGGCGACACCUGGGACACGGGCAGCCUCGCGAGCUGGCGGCGGGCUGCGGCAGCCGCCCCGAAGGCGGCUUCCGCCCCUCGCGGGUGGUGGUGGUGGCCAAAACCACCCGCUACGAGUUCGAGCAGCAGCGUUACCGCUACGCCGAGCUCUCCGAGGAGGACCUGAAGCAGCUGCUUGCAUUGAAAGGCUCUAGCUACAGUGGACUGCUUGAGCGACAUCACAUUCACACCAAAAAUGUAGAACAUAUAGUAGAUAGUUUACGGGAUGAGGGAAUUGAAGUCCGUCUAGUAAAGAGGAGAGAAUAUGAUGAAGAGACUGUUCGAUGGGCUGAUGCUGUCAUAGCUGCAGGAGGUGAUGGCACCAUGCUUCUGGCAGCAAGUAAAGUACUGGACAGACUUAAACCAGUUAUAGGGGUAAACACUGAUCCCGAACGGUCUGAAGGUCAUUUAUGCCUGCCUGUGCGAUAUACACAUUCCUUCCCAGAAGCCUUGCAGAAGUUCUACCGUGGUGAGUUCAGGUGGUUAUGGAGGCAGCGUAUCAGGUUAUAUCUUGAAGGGACUGGCAUAAACCCCGUUCCUGUGGACCUGCACGAACAGCAGCUCUCCUUGAAUCAACAGAGCAGAGCCUUCAACAUUGAAAGAGUGGAUGAUGAAAGGUCUGAGGCUUCAGGACCCCAACUUUUGCCUGUGAGAGCACUAAAUGAAGUCUUCAUUGGGGAGAGUCUGUCAUCCAGAAUGUCAUAUUCUUGGGCAGUGGCAAUGGACAAUUUAAGAAGAAGUAUACCAAAUCUAAAGGGACUGGCUUCCUAUUAUGAAAUUUCACUUGAUGAUGGUCCAUGGGAAAAACAGAAGAGUUCUGGGCUCAAUUUGUGUACUGGAACAGGAUCAAAGGCCUGGUCAUUCAAUAUUAACAGGGUUGCAGCUCAGGCCGUUGAAGAUGUUUUAAAUAUUGCAAGAAGACAAGGAAAUUUGACUCUUCCAUUGGACAAAGAGCUGGUAGAAAAAGUAACAAAUGAAUAUAAUAAAUCACUGCUGUACAGUCCAGAAGAACCAAAAAUACUUUUCAGUAUUCGAGAACCAAUAUCAAACAGAGUUUUUUCAAGCAGUCGUCAACGUUGUUUCUCCUCAAAAGUGUGUGUUCGAUCUCGUUGUUGGGAUGCCUGCAUGGUUGUGGAUGGAGGAACGUCUUUUGAGUUCAAUGAUGGAGCAAUUGCUUCCAUGAUGAUCAAUAAAGAAGAUGAGCUUCGGACUGUUGUUAUAGAACAGUGAAGGAUUUUCUCAGGUGACAAAGUUUGAUUGCUUGAAAAAUAUUUUUACUGCAGAAACAGGCUACCAGUCAUAAACCUACUUUGAGACUAGUUACCGCUAGGCUCAAAGGUGACAAAGAAUUCUGACAGACAAGAGGCCCAUUCACUGUAUGAGAAAACAGAUGGACUAAACAGGUUAGAAUUGCUACCAGUGAAAUUCUGUAUUUGCAAUUGGCAACCAAGGAUUUUGAUACUCAUAAAUUUAGGGAGGCAGGCUUAAAUAAAGGAAUGUUUAGGAUUUGAAAUUUAACUGUACAAAUUAUUUUUUUCUUCCUUUGUGGAAUUGGUCACAUGUAUCAUUUGAUUAUUAUAUUAUUUUUAUAGUACCUACAAGUAAAGAUUUUUAAAACUUUUGAUGGGAGAAUUUUGAUAAAUUCUGACAUUGACCUAGUUGAAGUAGGUAAAUGUUUUUAUAUAUGCAAAGAAUUUUCUAAUUCCAGGACACAAUGAUGUAAUGACUAUUGACAAAAAUUUCAAUGACAUUUAAAAUUAUUUGUAGAUGAAUUCUGACUCAUUCUGGUUAAUGUCAACAGUAGUGGGUGAAAUACAUCUAUUGAGAUAAAUCAUGAUAUUUUAUAAAUAUAUUCAUAAUCCCAUGGUUCUUUUAGGUCAAUUUUUUUGAAAAAGUGACUUGAAUCCAGUAAGGCUUUUCCAUCUUGAAACUCAACAUGGAUUCAAGUGCUAAAAGGAUGACUUGAUGGAUAUGUUCUAUUAGAAGUUUAGUACAAUCUUUAAAGUUUUAUUUCAUCUAGUGUUAGAGUAAUACUAUCAGAAAGAGAAAGAAUUCUUUCAAUAUGUAACACAAAAGUUUUGGAGCCAGGUGUGGUGGUACAUGCCUUUAAUCCAGUACUCAGGAGGCAGAAGCAGGUUAGCCAUGCGUUCAAGGCCAACCUGGGACUGCAUAGCGAGUUCCAGGUUAGCCUGGGCUGAGUGAGACCUUACCUUGAAAACAACAAUAGAAAAAAGUUUUGGAAUUGCCUUUAUUAGUAUGGUGAUUUUCAGUGUUAUUUCAAAUUUCCAUAUCUUUCUGUAGAAAAAGAUGGCAUAGCUUUUCUUUUUGACCCCCAUUAUGAAAUCUCUAUUUUUAGAAGUUUUCAGUUAAUUCAUCAUCUACAUAUAUUGAGUUUUCACACCAAGCUCCUACUGCUUAAUAAUGAAAUGUUAUUCUCAUGCCGUCUACUUAGUUGUUUUUCACUUGGUGGUGCAAAUUUCUCCCAUUGGCAAAUAUUUAUUGAACACCUACGCUGUGCCGUGUGUCAGGAAUUAGACACUAAAGAGUGAAAUACUCUGUCUUUAUAGAACUUGAGCCCACUGUGCUCAGACAGACAAACUGUGAAAACUAUGGUGGUAUUAUCAAAUUGAAUCUCCUAGUUUUGCCAUUUAACAUGUUGCUCUUACUGCUUUUAAAGAAAAUGAUUGUCACUAUGCACAGGCAAUCUAGGAUCAGAUGUCUAUACAGAACAGUGUCUGUCUGCAUAGGCAGAGCAAAGAAUUACGUGUGCACCUGUUGGAAAUAAAAAUUGGUGUUUUCUCGGAGCUUCAUCUUAUUUCUGCUUUGAAACUUUAAAAACUGCUACAUGUAACAUAUAUCCAGAACGUUUUUCUUUUAAAAACACCGGAAUGGACCCCAGAGCACAGGAUUUACAUGAUGCUUCCGGUGGAGACAGAGUUAGUGUUCUCUGUGGGUCUAGUGCAGUUUCCGGUCUAAGUUUUACAAGAUGAAAAAUGUAGAAUAACACUUUAUAAGAAGGUUACAUUUCACACUACAUAAACUUACCAUAUUGUAAAAGGCUUAAAAGUACCUUCUUGGGGUGGGGGGGACCAACCAACUCUGUCUUUAAUAUCUCAAGCUCUGGGUGUCUGUAUUUUACUAUAGUUCUGUUAAUAUGUAACAUACUAAUAGGGAACUUGCUGUCUGAAAUUGCUCAUAAGCCAUAUUUAGAAUGGUUUCAAAAUUACUUAAUAUGUUCCCUUUGCAAUAUAAUCUCUCUGUGAUGGGGAUUUAUUUGUAAGAGAUGAGAGACAAAAGGGUGUCAGAAUAGCUAAAGUCUUUAUGAAUGGGUUAACCAUUUAAUAACUACAUGAAUAAAAUUAAGCCAUUGUUGUCUGUU